CACACUAGUGGUUUACAGCUGGCUGACUUGACAAUCUAAAUCAAAACAUAUAUACAAAGAACAAACCGAAUUUGAUAUUAAAGGAUGAAUUUAUAGGCUAAAAGUUUUUAUAGAUAUUUUAAGGAAAAAUAUGUCUAAACAACCACAUUAUGGUCUGUUAUACAGUGAAUAUGAAUAUUCAUCGUACUUACGGAUACCGUUUGAAAAAUUUAGUUUCAUUGUAGUAUCUUUCCCAUUAUUAGCACUCAUAUUUUGUAUAUUUUAUUCCGUCAUUUUUAAUUUUGAGAGUGCAACAUAUACACAUUGCGAGGUGUAUAAUCUCCUUCCUUCAAUAUCUGCAGCAAUAGGAAGUUUUUCCCCUCAACGUGAAAUAUGGCAAGGAGCAGUCACUUUGCAAGCCAUUCCUAGAUUCUUUAUUGCAUUCCAAUAUUUACAUCUUCAUUUCAGCGUGCUACAUUCACAGUAUUUUUGGAUAGCGAGAAUAGCAUUUUUUUUAAAUAUAUUUGAAAAUGUGGCUCUUGUUGUACUAUCUUUCUUUGUUUCUUCACAGAAUUAUGUCGUGCAUAAAAAUGCCUUCAUCAUGUUUAUUAUUGGUUCUGAGGUAUAUAUGGCACUAACCUGCCUUUUACAAAGUUGUUUCAAAAAACAGUAUCCGCUCAGUUUAAAAUGGAAAAAGAGGUGUUUAAUAACCAAUUCAAUAUGUCUCAUCGCAGCAGUGUAUUUUUUCAUGAGGCAUAACUCAUUUUGUGAACCUUAUGUUUACACGCUAUUUGCGUUAAGUGAAUAUGUAGUGGUACUUUCCAAUAUGGCAUUCCAUUUGACAGCAUACUAUGACUUCGGAAAUAAAGAUAUUGUUAUCUACAAACACGGCCUUGCUCUUACAGAAAGAUAAUAUUUAGUGAUUUAGCUAGUCAUUUAAUUUAUAUUAAUUUAUUAUUUCAUUGUUUUUGAUGGUUACAGUAUUAAUUUAGUAUUUAUAUAUAUAUAUACUCAAAAUUGCUACAGUAAAUACGAGAUCUGUUAACAGAAUUAACAGAAAUGAAAAAUAAUUGAUAUUUGGUUUUUAUAUUUAAAUACAUUAUAUUAUUAUAAUUCCAC